AUGGCACCCAACAUUCAUCUACACAACGAUUUAGAAGUCCUUAGGAACAACGAGGAGGAAGUAUCCGCGCCAUUCUUAAUGCCAGCUAUGGAGACGUCGUCGUCCGCUGUUCCCAUGGAAGGCGAGCCGCUUCAGGAACAGACAGAGGAAGCCUUUGUGGACGCUAGCGAGACAGCAGAGGAAGAUGGAGAAGGAGAAGAGUUCUACUUUAGCGACUGCGAAGAAGACGUAGACGAUGAGUAUGGGGAUGAGGAAGGGACGAGCGAUGCGGUGUUAUCCGGCGUCAACCUCGACUUUCACUAUUCUCCGGCGGAUGGUUGCUUCAUCAUGGUCUCCGAUUUAUCUAAAUUUGUGGUGACCAACCUCAAGAGCCCUCAGAACACCCGGAUUUGGAUGGGCAACUGUCUGUACAACGCUCAUGCCAUGGCACCGGACUUUGCCGCCAUGAGGAAAGGUUACAUGUACCUAUUCGAGUGUCAGGGAUACGACUGGAAGAAAAACCUGCUUGAUCUGAAGACUGCCGAAAAGUACUGGGCCGAAAUAGGAUCUGUCUAUCCGCUCAACAUGCGCAAGUGCAAAUGCUUUCAUACGCCCACGCUGCUCAACUGUAUGGUGUCCAUGACCAGAAGAUUCGUACCCAAGGAACAGUUUGAAAAGUUCCAGGUCGGCUGCCAAUACAAUGGAACACUCUCAGACCUAUACUAUGUACCCAGCCAAAAAGCGGCCGAAGAGCGUCUCGUUGCACGGCAAAUCGAAUGUCUCCAAAGAAGGUAUGCCAACGAAAAGGCGUUCUCUUUGAAAGAGGCAGCCUUGAUUGGUAACAGCAAUCACAAUUGA